CCGCACUUGCACGAGCAUCACGCGCCGGGUCGUAUUCGUGUUCUCCGUGCUGGUACAAGAAGCAACGAUUUUCAGUCGGCCAAGGCUAUUCGUUUCAGAACGCGAAGACGCCAGAGCUUUUAGCUUCUGAGGGUGACCGGUAGCUCAAGUGGUUGAACGUCACCGAGAAUCAUCAUUCAGCGGAGGUGGAACUGACGGCUCUGCGCCAGCCUAGACCUGAAUCAAGCAUCCUCAAGGUCAUCCGCUCCUAAAACGAGCCCACCAUGAUUUUUUUGGGCCGUGUGAUUCUCACACUAGCCCUUUCGCAAGUAUUUUGCAACUCGAACGGUCUGAAGAUUGACAAGGCGGACGGAGGCUACACUGACCUCCUAAUCUCAAUCAACGAGGAUGUCCCACAAAAUGAAGCCAUUGUCGACAACUUGAAAGUCUUGCUACAAUCAUCGUCAGAGUUUCUCCAUUUGGCCACUGGGGGCCGUGUCUUCAUCAAAAAAGUCCUUCUGCAGUUUCCCAAGACAUGGCCCCUACGGCCUGCUGCUCAAAGCAGCAGUAAAUGUUGCUUCUCGAAGAGCGACAUCCUUGUUGAUGCUCCAAAGGAAGGUGAUGAAGAAGAUCCCUUUAGCACAAAACUACGGAGGUCCUGCGGAAAGCGUGGAGACGUCAUUCGCAUUGCGAGCAACGUUCUGAGGCGGCUGAAUUAUGCGACCGUAGGCUACAUAGCCCACGCCUUCGUGAAUGAAUGGUCACGUUACCGUUAUGGGGUGUUUUACGAGCACGGACGCCAGGGACACAAGCUUUUCCCUCAAUCCUACUGCGUAUUCGGCAGUCAAAAUGGCACCCUUUAUGAGAAGCCACAGCAGCGAUGGAAUGCAUGCUCAGAAAGGAUUAUGUUUUACCCUGACAAACAAUGCGUAUUCGCCAACGGCUGCUAUGUUACAGAGCAGUGCUAUGUGGGCGUAAAUCAACCAUCCGAAGGCGUCGUGGAAUCCUCCAUCAUGUUCAUGCCACCUCUGGGGACUAUAAAGCACUUCUGCAAAUCGGAGAACGGAGCACAUCAACACAACAAGGAUGCUCCUAACAUGCACAACAAAUGGUGCAAGAAACAGUCCACCUGGGAAGUCAUCAUUGGGAACAAGGAUUUCAUGCAUCUUCCUCCACCCAACAUGUCCAAGACCAUCAGAGUGGAAGUAGAGGAAAUUGAGCAAAAUGCUGCCUCGAGCCUGAGUGCUGUUCUUGUCCUCGAUGUUUCUUGGAGCAUGCUGGAAUACGAGCGACUAGAAACACUGAAAAAAGCUACUCACGGCAUGCUCCUGUGUUUAAAGGACAACUUGUAUCAUCUCGCCAUCGUCACGUUCAGCUGGACUGCUACGGUUCUGCAGCCGAUGGUGAUUCUCAAUAACCGAACAAGGCAAGGCUUCCACGAUGCUGUGGACAAGAUGUUAGCGAAUGGGACUACCUGCAUUGGUUGCGGUCUUCUGUCCGCUCUUGAGAUUCUGAAAAAUUCAACUAGGACAGAACCAAGGAGAAUUGUGCUUUUGACUGACGGCGGGGAGAACGAAUCCCCAUCCAUUACCGAAGUCAAGCCGCAACUGUUAGCGGCAAAAGUGGGAGUCGUGACCAUGGCGAUGGGAGAAGAGGCGGAAUACGCGCUUGAGCAACUGGCUGCAGAAACGAACGCGGAAAGCUACUUUUUUCCAGACAACAUUGAAACCACAUCGGCGGACUACAACCCAGCCAUCAACGGUCAGGCGCAGCAGUUCUCAAGUGAUCGGUCGGGGUUCAUCGCUUCCUAUGAAACUGCAGAAGAUAACGGCAAUGAAACAAUGGCAGACGGCGACGGUGAGACCGGGCCCAAUCACCGUGAAUUCACGCCACACGUUGCAGCAGUCAAGGGGGAUCCGGGAAUGCCGCAUCUUGAGGGGACAAACGAGUUCAACAUUUUGGCAGACAUCUUCGGGUCUGCUAGCACAAAGUGCUUCCAUUACCCCGGAUAUGAUUCCAACAUGCGCAUGCAGAUGGCGUUUAUGGAUUCCCUCAACCUGGACAUCAGCGACUCUCUCCCACCCAUCUAUAUCAUGUUGAAAACAAAGAGCUUCACCGAAAAUCUGCAAGAGACUUUCAUUCUUGAUGAUGAUCUGGGAAAAACAAUCGUAACAGUCAGCGCCUCCAGUACAAACGUCUUACUCCACGUCUGGUUAGUGGAUCCCAUUGGACAGAGAUGUCAGAACUGCUGGGAAGAACAAAGCGGACUCGUAAAGACAGUUACGAUACCAAGCCCUGCACAGCCGGGCACAUGGAUGCUUCAAGUGGAGAGCGAAAGCAAUCAAGCUGACAUCAUCAACAUACUUGUCAUGUCCGAAGCCAGAGACCACUACAGCAAGCCAAUAGUGGCUUCGUGUCAAAUGUCGGAGAAAGAGUUCAGUCAACCACAAGACGCAGUCAUAUUCGUAGAUGUUAGCAAAGGUGACAACGUUGUCCUCGAUGCCAACGUUACGGCGGUGGUCAUCAACGGAGAGGGGGUUAGGUGCCCUGUUCGUUUGUGGGACGACGGCAAUGAUCCUGACAUUAUGGAGAACGAUGGCACCUACUCUGGUCAUUUCACUCAGUUCAACGGGGCAGGAAGAUACAGCGUCAUGGCGUACGUUUACGGGAACAAAUCCAGUCAUACAUACCGAAGGCCGGGGUUUCCUCCCGAUGCCAUCGCCAUGCCUCCGGACUCCACACGCGUGCCUUUCAGCGAAGAACGCAUUCUACGAGCACCCGCCAACUACCAGUUCAGGGAUACGCUGUUGGGAGAGCUGAAGCCCACGCUGCCAUUCGAGAGAGUGACAGGCAGCACUUCGUUCAAGGUUACAAGGGACUUGCAGGAAGCUGAUGUUCCUCCAGGCAUUAUAUGGGAUCUUAAAGCAGUAGAAGGGCAUGUUGAAGCCGACCGAACAGCUCUGGUCAGGCUUUCCUGGACUUGGCCAGGAGCCCACUUGACGCACGGGAAGGCGACAGCGGUGGAGAUCAGAGCUGGCACAAAUGAGGACCAGCUAGAAAGGCACUUCGACCGCCAUGCGGUUAUGAACAACGUCGUGAAAGGAACCCUUGACCCUCUUCCGGCACGUUUAAAGCAGGACGUAACCAUUGCUCUGCCCCGCAACUGGGCGACGACAAGCCUCAGUGACAGGGACUUCAAGCUUACGGCAUACAUCGCAGCACGUGUUAUUAACCAAGAUGGACUAAAGUCGGAGCUGUCCAGUACAGUUAGUGCAAAGUUCAACAUUUUAAAUUUCACCACCAAAUUCCCCACAACACCAGCUGCCGCCACCACGUUAGCAAGAGCACACACGGUGAGUGAACCAGCAAGAACCACAAUAACGCGCGCCAAGGUGGAGCCAGCUGCUGAACCGGGGCCAACAACCGCAACAGAUGGAGAGGAUCCAAGUAACAAUGAGGAACAAUCGAUCUUCGUGUGGAUCCUGCUGGCGAUACUUGGAGGACUUCUCAUGAUAAUCAUUAUGGUUUCGCUGCUCCUCACCGUCAAGUCCAGAAGCACUGCUGAAGAUGAAACUACUAUCAUGAAAACUGUAACCACAACUAUGUAAAGCUAACACAGGCAUGCAGUCCUUGGCUAAAAUAAAACACUAGGUAUUCCUCACAA